AUGUCGGCCAAGGGAAAAGGCGGACGCGCCAAAAAAAGCGGCAAAAGCACCAGCAAAAGCGCCAAGGCCGGCCUGCAGUUCCCCGUGGGCCGCAUCGGCCGCUACCUCAAGAAGGGCCGCUACGCCAAACGCGUCGGCGCGGGGGCCCCCGUCUAUAUGGCUGCAGUUUUGGAAUAUUUGUGUGCAGAAAUCCUCGAACUUGCGGGAAAUGCCGCGAGAGAUCACAAAAAAACUCGAAUAAUCCCGCGGCACAUCCAGCUGGCGGUGCGGAACGACGAGGAGCUCAGCAAGUUCCUGGGCGGGGUCACCAUAGCUUCCGGGGGAGUUAUGCCCAACGUCCACUCCGUGCUGCUUCCCAAGAAAAGCAAAAGCAAAAAAAUGUCCCAGUGA